AACGCGUGGGAGCCGACCACACAUCUGUUACCGAACCGGGAGAACACCGGUUUAUUGGCAAGGAUGUAAAAUGGCCAACACUUCAACAUUUAUGGAGUAAAAUACUACGCGAUCAAUGUUAACCUGUGUGUGCAAAUAUCGUCUAUUCUGAUAGUAUUCUCUCAUCAUCUGUUUAGUAUUCGUCUAGAAUGAAUUCGUAGCUAUAGAACAUGGCGUCUAAACAUGGGUAUGCACGCGAAAUCGCGUAUGGGAGAUGAUACUCGGAAACCAUGGAGACACCGCGGAGACUCAGUAUCCAAUAUGAUCGGCAGGACAGAGUCUAUUAUGUGGGCGAAGUAGUCCGGGGAUUUGUCAUCUUGGAUUUAGAAGAGGAAUGUCAUAUAACAGGUAUCGAACUGAAGCUGUUUGGUGGGGCGGAGGUGAAGUGGACAGAUAACAGGGGGAAGGACCCUCAUCAGAGGAACGACAAAAAGCUCAACAUAGAACACAAUGUGGAGGAAAUAUACUUCAAAAGGACCAUGGUGUUAUGGGGCAAAGGGCGUGUCGACAACAACCAUGACGAAGGCGAAGUACUGGUGGCGGGCCGCCACAUGUUUCCAUUCAGGUACCAUCUGCCCACCGACAUCCCCUGCUCUUUUGAAGGUGUUUAUGGUUCCGUGCGGUAUUAUGGGCUGUCCACCCUUCUCACCAAGUGUUCCAAGCAGAAUGAGACAACGCUCAGCUUCUUCUCAGUACUACAGGAGUUGAAUUUAACGUAUGAAACAUUGGGUGGGGUCCGAAAGCAGCAGGAUACGACGAUACGGUCGUGCUGUCGGUCUGGUCGAGUCACGUGUACCGUGGCCAUACCAAACUGUGGCUUCGUCCCUGGUCAGUCCAUUACUGCUAAUAUCCUAGUCCAAAACAAGUCCACGUCCAAAGUCAAGGGAGCAAGUCUUGCUUUGAAACAGAUGGUACGAUACGGGUCAUACGACUCUCACAAAUCACGAAAAGUAUUAUGGGAUGCUCAGCACGUUCAUGUAGGUCACGUGUCACCCGAGAAGUGUCAGAGGUGGGAAGGCGUUACCUUAGAUGUGCCCUGCAUCCCACCCUCUCGCCUAGAUUGCUGCCAGUAUAUAGACAUCAAAUAUGAUCUCGUGUUUCGUGUGAUGGUACACGCACACGCUCUCACUGUUACUCUUCCUAUCAUCAUAGGGACAAUACCUCAGGGACAUCAUUCAUCUCAUAACUGGGAAUAUAAAGUCCAGCAUCCGUACCCCGGAGCUAAGAAUCGCUGUGUGAUAGUGGAUGGCACCAAGCUCAAGGACGAUCCAGAGGGCUUUAUGUCCACCUUCAAGAUAUAUCGUCCUAGUAAUCGCGGCAAGUACCCAGAGCUCGAGUGUAGCCCUGGGGGAGCACGGAGGUUCUUGACUGACUCUAAUGAAGAGGAGGAAGGAGAAGAAGAGGAGGUUGUAGAGGAAGACGAAGACUCCGAGACCAAUGUGUGAUAGCUAUUUAGAUUGACUGUAGCAUCCCAACUACUUUAUCGGUGAGGGUGCAGACAAUCCAAGAGAAGCUGUACCAACGAUCAAAUAGUAUUACGAUUCUAAAGUUUGUCCUUAACUACUGUGUGUUGUCUUAAACUUGUUCACCCCUGUGGACGCCAUUGUAUAUAUUAAUACAACAAGAUUUGUGUUGUAAAUCAUCGGUAUUGUAUUUUGAUGUUUAAAUCCUUAUUUAAGUUAUGAAUCGCUUUUAGUUUUAUGGUGAAAUGUCUCGAAAUACAGUAUUUCUUUUCGUGAGCCUAAGACGCAUUGUUGAUUUUUGCGGUGACGCACUGAGAGAGAUCAUGGGGUCAAGUUACAUACAAUGCAGUGUGGCUCAAAAGAAAGCUGAAAUGCUGCCUUUAAACAGUAACUAGAACACAAUAGACCCAGCAAAAGGUUUAAAUGGGAUCCAACAUCAUGGUUUUGCCCACUAAAGUUUCAUGCAGGCUACGUGCCAGCGCGGACAUCUAAGUACGUUGUGGUAAAAUCUAAGUGCCAGUUUCAUUCUGAAUCCUAUAUAAAAGGUAAGAAUAGUAGAUGCAUUUGGUUCGUUAUUCACAUGACCUUACAGUAUCUUCAACUAGAUUCAUUGUAAGCUUAACGUUACAUGUCAUUUUCAUGUGUUAAGCUCCGUGUUAAGCAUCAAGUUAUGCGCGCCAAAAAUCGCACUUGUGAUGCUGUCCUAAAACCACGUCUGAGAAGCACUUUCGUCCAGUCUAAAAGCAAAACCCUUUGAUGUAUACCUGUUUUUUUCUGUUACACUUCAUCGCCUGUGUAAGACUUGGUUUACCUACCGUUUUUUUUACACUAAAGAGACCAACUGCAUUCCAGAAACGCUAGAUCUGGAGGGACGAAAAUAACGUCACUGUCAGCCUUCUUGAGAAAUGAGCCAGGCCUCAGACGAUGUGCGGUGAAGAAAGCACAAUAAUAGCAGCUUGUCAAUUUUAUUUAAUGUUGGAACGAGGGCUUUUAGAGGCGUGAUAGAGAACCAAAAUGGGCGCCGUUUUCACCGGUCUUGUACGCGUGGCGCCUCGGAUUCUUCAUGAUCAAAAUCAGCUAAUAAGGCUCUUUCUAUGGCAUCACCAUUCGGAAUGCAAUCACCAUCGUUGAAAAUAAUUUCAUCAAAACAGCUGUCGUUGAACAAUGCAGGCGGUCGUCUUUGUAUUUUAUUGUUACCUAUACCAGUAAGAUUGUGACUCAUAUUUCUAUGUUAUUGUUAUGUAAUAUGUAUUAUGAAAGCACCAUAAAAUUAUGAAUAAACAUGGUUACAUUUUGUAAUAA